AUGGCCGUCGCUGGCGCCCAGCGAAAGCAGGUCCUCAAGGUGGUGAUGAUCUCGUUGUUACUGGACCUGAUCUCUUUUACAUUUAUUCUUCCGCUCUUCCCCUCGCUGCUUUCCUUCUACCGCGCUCAAGAUCCAUCUCCCGACUCGCUCUUAAAUCGCAUCUUCCACUACCUCAACGCAUACAAGAAUGCCUUUGCGCGCCCCAUCGAUUCCCGCUACGAUAUCGUUCUUCUUGGAGGCGCGCUAGGAUCUCUCUUUUCUCUCCUUCAGGCCUUUGCUGCGCCUGUGAUCGGUCAUCUCUCCGAUCGCCAUGGUCGACGUCGCGCCUUGUUGACCGCAAUGAUCGGGAACAUCUGCAGUGUGGCGCUCUGGGUGUCUGCGCGGGACUUCCGAACUUUCCUCGCGAGCCGCGUGGUCGGAGGCCUCAGUGAGGCAAAUGUCCAGCUUGCCAAUGCUAUUGUGGCAGACGUCACGGACGAAUCGCGCCGCGGCGCGUCGAUGGCGCUGGUCGGGGCUUGUUUCAGCAUCGCAUUUACCUUUGGACCCAUGAUGGGCGCGGCACUGAGUACCGUCGACAUGGUCGCUGCCAACCCCUUCAUGACCGCCGCACUGGUCUCGCUGCUCUUGAUCGUGGUCGAAACCACCUAUCUCUGGGCCUGUUUGCCGGAAACCCACCCGCGGUUGACGACUCUGCAACAAGAGCAGUCGACCCCGUCCGAGAAGCAGGCCAAGUCUGGAUCGCAGACCAGAUCUGCCAAGACCGCUCAUCGUCACACGAACAAUCCGGCCCUUCUAAACGCCAUCCACUUCAUGUUUCUUUUGCCCUUUUCAGGAUUGGAAUUCUCACUUCCAUUUCUGACCGCGACUCUCUACGCGGGUACCAGCACCGCCAGUCCCGCCGCCCUGAAUGGUCGUCUUCUUUCCCUGAUGGGUCUGAUCGCCUCACUUCUUCAAGGGACGGUCGUUCGUCGUCUCCCACCCCUGGUCACCGUGCGGGCCGGCGUCGUCGCCUGUGCCUUGUCCUUCUUCUGUCUCGCACGAGUCUCAUCUCCGUCCGGCCUCUAUGCUGCCGGUGGCUUAUUAGCAGUGACGAGCGCCACCGUCGUGACUGGAUUGAAUAGCCUGGGUAGUCUGGAAGCGCAUGAGGCAGACCGCGGAGCUGUCAUGGGCCGACUUCGUGGCUGGGGACAAGCAGGACGUGCGGCGGGCCCGAUCCUGUUUUGUACAUUGUUCUGGUGGGCUGGGCGUGAGGCGGCUUACAUUGUUGGUGGAGCUGCCAUGUCAAUUGUCGCUCUGUUGGUCUUUUUGUUGGUCAAGUCUCCGUCACUGCGGGUCAAGGCGGAGUGA